AUGGAGGACUAUCCAAAUGCACAGACAGCUGAAGUCCUUAGAGGAGAAAGCACAUCUGAAGAAAGUAUGGACCAAAGCAAAGACCAAACUAUAGCUAACCAAUCCUUUGUUUCAGAGUUUCUACUCCUGGAAUUCUCAAAAGUUUGGGAAUUUCAGAUAAUACACUUUGUAAUAUUCCUGGUAUUGUACUUGGCAAUUGUAACAGGGAAUCUUCUCAUCAUCUCUGUAGUAGCCUUUGACCAUCGUCUGCACACCCCCAUGUACCUCUUUCUAAUGAACUUAGCCAUGCAGGACCUGGGCCAAGUUUCAGUCAUUAUUCCCAAAUCCAUGGCCAAUUCACUCAUGAAUUCUAGGCACAUUUCUUAUUCUGGAUGCGUUGCUCAAGUCCUAUUCUUCACCUUCUUCAUAUCUACUGAUUUUUUCCUCCUCAUAGUCAUGGCCUAUGAUCGGUAUGUUGCUAUUUGCAACCCACUGCAAUAUCACAUGGUGAUGAACAGGAGAGCCUGCACUGAAAUGAUUUUUACUUCAUGCGUCACUGGGUUUCUUUAUGCAGGUUUGCACACUGUCAGCACUUUUGCAACUCCUUUCUGCUCCAAUGUUGUCAAUCAGUUUUUCUGUGAAAUCCCACAGUUAGUAAAGCUUUCCUGUUCUAAGAAAAAUCAGAUUGAAACUGGAGUUCUGCUCUUGUUUUGUCUCAUUGGGGUAGGCUGCUUUAUAUUUGUUCUUGUGACAUAUGUACAGAUUUUUAGUGCGGUGUUAAGGAUGACAUCUGCACAGGGAAGACAAAAGGCCUUCUCUACCUGCCUUCCACAUCUCAUGGUAUUCUCCACAUUUAUGGUCACAGGCUUGGUUUCCUAUUUGAGUCCCAUGACGAAUACAGCAACACAUUUAAAUUUGUUUUUUACUGUGAUAUAUUCUAUGGUCCCACCUUUGCUGAACCCACUGAUUUACAGCAUGAGAAAUAAAGAGAUCAAGGCUGCUUUGUCAAAUAUGUUAAGGUUGAAAACAUCUUCAAAUAAAUUUGUUUUUAGUUUUCUAAUAUAG